AUGGGAAAGCGUUUCUUUCGCAAACAGAAUGAUUUCAAUAAUGAUUUCUCUUGCAACAGUCAACUCAUGGCCUUACUGAAUGCAAAAUACCAUAAGUGGGUAACUUCAACGAACGCAAUCACUACCACGAAAUCUGCUACAGCAGAAGAUGAGCCACUUACCACAGUUAUUCACACAUUGACUGAGGCAGUCACUGUAAAGGAAAUCGCACCGCCGGAUUCAUCGAGAUCGCCGGAUUCAUCGAGAUCGCCGGAUUCAUCGAGAUCGCCGGAUUCAUCGAGUUCGCCGGAUUCAUCCAGAUCGCCGGAUUCAUCGACAGGUUCUUAA